AAGGAUUGUAAACUACAUUAUAAGCAGCGCUUUGAACAGUCGUUUAUUUACUUUACUUUGCGAGGAUCUCGAUUCUGAUCACAAAGUUCUUCUGUUCCAUACAGAAGUACGCUGACUAUCCAAAGGCAACAUGUUGGCUCGCCUUUAUGAAUUGAAAGAAGAAGUAAUUCUUUUUCUCGAGAAAGAAAAACACGAUUUCUUCACAAUGUUCAAAGAUGAUACAUUUCAAUGGAGGUUGGCUUAUUUGGCUGACAUAUUCGAUGCCUUGAAUGAACUAAACUUAAAACUUCAGGGCAGUAACGGCACUAUAAUAAGCAAUUAUGAUUAUAUUCAAGGGUUCAUAUCAAAGCUUCAACUUUGGAAUCAAAAAAUCUCUUCUGAAAAUGUUAUGUCUUUUUCUCGGCUAUUCGAAGCAAUUAAAAAUAAUAUACUUGACGCAAAUUUGAAAGCUGACAUAAAAACUCAUUUGCAAGCGCUGAAAGACGAAUUUCGCCGAUACUAUGGAGACAUCAAUUCAGAGUCACCAAUAUGGCGUAGGACAAGAAAUCCAUUUGUUCUUGAUGUGUUCCAAUUACCAAAAGAAAUUCAGGAAGAAUUUCUAGAUAUGAUGGCUGACUCGUCCAUGAAAGAUGACUUCCAUCUCUUGACAUUGGAGAAAUUUUGGAUUAAAAGAUUUCCUGUUAAUUCGAAGGUUGCCUCUCUUGCUUUACGAAUACUAGUUCCUUUUUCUUCAACUUACUUAUGUGAGACAGGCUUUUCUGCUCUAGUUUUAAUUAAAACUAAACAGCGAAAUUGUCUUGAUGUCGAUAGCGACCUGAUGAUAGCUCUGGCAAAAACAGAUCCUAGAAUCAACCAAAUAGUACAGAAUAUGCAAUCUCAAGUGUCUCAUUAA